AUGGAAAGACCCAGCCUUUUCGUGCGGUCUCAGCUCAUAUCCACUAAUCCAGAAAAUCUGCCUGUCUCUGCCGAAGACUGGAGUCCUUCGUGGCAAAGUCACUCGGAAUCGCAGACAAGGGAAGACCGACAAAUAUUUUCCACAACUGGACGGGGCUUCAUUGAUCAAUAUGAUUUAAGGAAGAAGCUCUUGAGACUUCAUCUCGACAUCGUUGAAGAUCUAGAGCUUUUGAACAUGAGUGUGUGUACUGGAACAUCGUCGUCUGUUCGUGGGGAAGCGACUACAUCAACGGUCGGGAAGCUAGAUCUACCGAUUUUCCGCAUGCUUGGACACUCGUCCAAUUUUCUAGAGAUCUUGGAAUGUUCGGUUGACCUUAUCGAAGGAAAUCGCGGUGUUUCAUUUGACGUUAACCAUCUCGAAACAAGCGCGCAUGGUGGUGAUGGUACGAGUGGUUCUCCAAGGGCUGUAGGCUGUGACAAGGCGGAGAACAAGGCGGGUACAGCGCAGUCGCAAGAGUCAUGUUUCUUUACACUCAUGACGCCUCCUCGACAUAAUAUCAAUGUUACCAACCUUCCAUGGGACAUAUCAACAUCUUUAAGCAUGCUAUCAACUUAUUGCGAUUUGAUCCGUGUGCAUCGCACUAUUUUCAACGAACUCUAUCAAAUACUUCUCACUAUUCCGCCUGUUGAUGCAACCCCUUUUUUGUUGUUGUCAAACUUGCCAUUGGGACAGUUUCAAACGGACGGAAGUUUGACUGUUCAAGUUCAAGUUCUCAUUCAACUCAGCAGUACUUUGUUUUCCAAAAUUGAUCAUAUUCUUGGGAUACCCCUUGACCAAGCGCAGGAUUUCGUUGCCUACUCGCAUCCGACUACAGCAAUUUCUCAGAAUAGUGAGCUAGCAUCUAUCCGAGAUCACGUGAUAACAAAUGAAGAUAGUCUAGGGAGAUCUGCUUUGAAGGAGUCAAUCAGUUACUUGCGCCAAAUCGUGGAAGACUUUGUUACCGUGUGA